AUGAAUUCCGCAACACAGGGCGACAAGGCCCUCGCGAACUCUGACUUCCCUGGUGCUAUCCGUUACUUUACACAGGCACUGGUCGAACUACCCCGCGCACCACCAUACUACCUCAAACGAUCGACCGCCUACUCUCGAGUCAAACCGGCAGAUGGAGGCCCCCAUUCCCAAGCAGCGCUGCGAGAUGCGGAGAUUGCUCUAACCCUUGCACGGGAACGUGGAAAGAGGGAGUUGAUCUUAGCUGCUCAGAUGAGGCGUGGUGUCGCAUUAUACCAGCUGGAAAGAUAUGGUGAUGCGGGCUUUGUUUUCGAGAUCAUCCGGGGGAAGACCGGGGCGGGGAAUGCGGACAAAUCAGAGAGGAUGAAGGAUGCUAUGGGUAUGGCUGGUGGCGCUCAACUCACAUCGAAGAAUGGGUAUGAGCAGGAGCUGCCUAUCUGGAUACUCAAGGUCAAAGGUAAGCUUAAUAAGUUGCCUGGGGGUGAUAAUAAGGCUGCUGUUACGAUUGCGGAAUACCCGAGUGGUGUCCAAGUUCCUACCGAGAAGGAGCUUAAGAAUCAGUUGGAUACUCUCAAAUCCGGAAAAUUUGGGGAUAGAAGCGUCCAGAGUGAGCCUGCCGCGGUCAACGAGACGGUCACAGGAGAAGCUUCGACAUCCAAGGCGUCGAAUGGCCAAAGUGGUGCUGCUGGAAGCACUCCUCCUGCAGCUCCUUCCACUGUCCCUCCAUCUGAUAAGGUUCGGCAUGAGUGGUAUCAAUCUAAUGAGAGUGUUGUUGUGACUCUCUACGUCAAAGGGGUACUCAAAGAUAAAGUGGGCGUGGAACUAAAGGAUGAAUCGGUAUCUAUCCAAUUCCCCCUCCCAUCUGGCGCUGAAUUUGAUUUCACCCUUGAUCCUUUGUUCGCGUCCGUCGAUCCAUCCUCUUCCAAGGUCUCUGUUAUGUCUACCAAGAUUGAGCUUGUCUUAAAGAAACGUGCUCCUGGCCAGAAAUGGAAUGCGCUGGAAGCCUCCGUAGUCGACAUCAAGAUUUCUGGUCGUCAGGCUGUCCCGGACCCAACCCCUGCCGGUAGAUCUGCUCCAGCAUACCCAUCUUCAUCCCGCAAUGGACCCAAAGAUUGGGAUAAGUUGGCGUCGUCGCUCACAGCCAAGAAAUCCAAGCCCAAAGACAAAGGCAAGGCCAAGGACGGCAAACCAAAGGACCCAAAAGCGGACGAUGCUGGAGAUGAAUCGGACGGCACUGACUCGGUUGACUCCGACUAUGGCGGUGGCGACGCCGUCGAUGCGUUCUUUAAGAAACUCUACGCCAAUGCGGACGAAAAUACCCGUCGAGCCAUGAAUAAAAGUUAUCUUGAAAGUCAGGGCACCUCGCUAAGCACCAAUUGGUCGGAAGUGAGCAAAGGAAAGGUGGAGCCUCGUCCACCAAGCGACUGA